AUGUUAUGGUCAAUGUUCAGUGAUCGGCUCCCUUCCAUCAAGGAUGAUAAGGGGAAUUACCUCAUUGACGGGGACGGCCCCUUAUUUCGGUAUGUUCUGAAUUUCCUACGGAGGUCCAUUCUCGUCUUACCCGAAGACUUCAAGGAGCUCGACAUGCUUGCACAAGAAGCUGAUUACUACCAGAUCAAGGAAUUAAUUGAUGCUGUGGCUCGAGCUAAAUCGGCACACUUCAAGGAGCAAGAGGUUCUAGAGGUGGAGCGUCUCAAUGGACAUUACUGGUCAAUACAUAGCAGUUCUGAAAUCCUUGAGAAAAUCCCAAUUGUUAUGGAAGCAUGGGACCGUAGGGGAUAUGUUAAGAGAUCCUCGGUGGACCCCAUUUUUGGUCCAGAAGAGGGAGGAUUCAGUUUUGCAAGUGGGACCUCCUUGAGUCGUAUUAAAUUGUUCAGGCAAAUUACUCAGUUAGGUUUCAAACUUAUAUCGGCAUGUCCCGGGGAUUCAGUAGAUAGAUGGGUCUUUACAAGAGGUGGUGGUACAUGUACAACUCCAACAAAGGCAACAUAA